AAAAAAAAAAAAAAAAACUAAAAAGAAGUGUGCUUGAGCUAAAGAAAGGAACUUAGAUAUUCAGAGAGAAAUAGGGCUGCACACAUAAAGGACAUUUCCUCGUCCAACCAUGUCACCCUGGACAAAAACGAACUCCGAAAGAUAUGGAGUCGUGAAGUGGAAUUUCACAGCAAAUGCGGAAAAACAGUUAUCCCUGGCUAUUGGAGACACGGUGCACAUACAGGAAUCAUGUGAAGGCUGGUACAAAGGUUACCUGAUCAAAAACAAAGACAGAAAAGGGGCAUUUCCAGCCAGCUUUAUAGAGCUAAAGGAAGUUAUUAUUGAAAAGAGAGGAGAUGAAGAGAUUAUUACCUCUGCGGAAAUGCCUCUGGUGAAGGAGGUGACCACAACACUGAGAGAAUGGGGUAGCAUCUGGAAGCAGCUCUUUGUGCAGGCCAAUAAGAAGGAGCGUUUCACUCAGGUCCAGAGACUGAUGUGGGAUCUUAUGGAGUGGCGUUCCCAGCUCCUGUCCGGCACAUUACCAAGUGAUGAGUUUAAGGAGCUCAAACAGAAAGUGACCUCAAAGAUCGACUACGGAAACAAGAUCUUGGAGCUGGAUGUGGUGGUACGGGAUGUUGAUGGGAAUAUUCUAGACCCUGAUCGAGCCAGCGUAAUCAGUCUCUUCAGAGCACACGAGGACGCAACCACCAAGAUCACAGAGCGAAUUAAAGAUGAACAGUCCAACGUUAACAUGGAUCAUUCCGGAGUUUCCGCACGGAUCCAAUCUUCUCCCACACACAGCCUUUAUGUUUUCGUGCGAAAUUUCGUCUGUCGUAUUGGGGAGGACUCUGAACUCUUUAUGUCUCUGUAUGAUCCCAUCAAACAGACAAAUAUCAGUGAAAAUUAUUUGGUGCGUUGGGGGGAUAAAGGUUUGCCAAAGGACAUUGAGAUGCUCAACAGCCUAAAGGUGGUUUUUACAGAUCUUGGAAAUAAAGACUUGAGUCGAGAAAAGAUCUAUCUGAUCUGUCAGAUCGUGCGUGUCGGCCGAAUGGAUCUUAAAGAUACGAAUCAUAAGAAAUGCACGAUGGGUCUGCGCAGACCAUUUGGUGUAGCUGUGAUGGACAUCAGUGACAUCAUCAAAGGAAAGAUGGAGUGUGAUGAAGAGAAGCAGUAUUUCAUUCCUUUUCAUCCGGUCGCAGCUGAACAUGAUUUUCUUCACACUCUCCUGAACAAGGUGACGACGUCUCGAGGAGACAGUGGAGGUCAAGGCCUGUGGGUCACCAUGAAAGCUCUAGUGGGUGAUAUUGUUCAGAUUAGAAAGGAAUAUCCCCACCUGGUGGACCGGAGCACCGUGGUUGCACGGAAACUCGGCUUUCCCGAAAUUAUUAUGCCCGGUGAUAUCCGUAAUGACAUCUACCUGACUCUGCACUCUGGAGACUUUGACAAGUACAACAAAACCACACAGAAGAACGUCGAGGUCAUCAUGCUGGUGUGUGAUGAGGAAGGAAAGAUCGUGCCGAACUCAAUCUGUCUUGGUGCUGGAGAUCGACCUGUAAGUGAAUAUAGAUCAGUGAUUUACUAUCAAAUCAAACAACCUCGCUGGAUAGAAACCUUUAAGGUGGCGCUCCCUUUGGAAGACAUUCCCCGGAUCCACCUGCGCUUCAUGUUUCGACAUCGAUCAUCACAGGAGUCAAAAGACAAAAGUGAGAGAAAUUUUGCCAUGGCAUUUGUGCGUCUGAUGAAAGAUGAUGGAACCGUCCUGAAAGAUGGAAUACAUGAGCUGACUGUCUUUAAGGGUGACAGUAAACGAAUGGAGGAUGUCAGCUCGUAUCUGUCACUACCAUCUGAGCGCAGUAACUCUGACAGCCACAAGGGGUCGACGCUGAUGCGCAGCUCCAGCAGCGUUGGUGGUCUGUCUGUGAGCUCCAGAGACGGUUUUACUAUCGCAACACUCGUCUGCUCCACCAAACUCACCCAGAACGUGGGUUUGUUGGGUUUGCUGAAGUGGAGAACUCGUCCUGAAUUGCUAAAACAAAACUUACAGGAGCUGAAACUCAUCGAUGGAGAGGAAGUUGUGAAGUUUCUGCAGGACACAUUGGACGCUCUGUUUAACAUCAUGAUGGAACAUUCUCAGACUGAUGACUAUGACAUUCUGGUGUUUGAUGCUUUGAUUUAUAUCAUCGGUCUCAUCGCUGAUAGGAAGUUUCAGCAUUUUAACACAGUUUUGGAAGCUUACAUCAAACAACACUUCAGUGCCACUCUGGCCUACAAGAAGUUGAUGUCUGUGUUGAAGACGUAUCUGGACGUGUCAAGUCGAGGUGAGGUCUGUGAACCCAUCCUCCGGACGCUCAAAGCUCUCGAGUACAUCUUCAAAUUUGUCGUCCGCUCUCGAAUGCUUUAUUCGCAAUUAUAUGAAGGGAAGGAACAGACAGAGUUUGAAGAUUCUCUCAAAAGUUUAUUUGAGUCGAUCAAUAAUCUGAUGAAAAGUGAUUGCAACACCACCGUACUGCUGCAGGUGGCCGCUCUGAAGUAUCUGCCCACGGUCCUGCAGGAUGUCGAGAAAGUGUUCUGCCCUAAACUUCUCAGUAAGCUGCUGUAUGAUUUCUACACCUGUAUUCCACCUGAUAAACUGCAGAAGCACAAAGUGGCGUCUAUGACUGAGAUAGUGGGCAGCAAACUAUUUCAUAAACAGGAUUGCCGGGACAUCUUGUUACCCAUGAUGCUUAGGGAGCUGAGCGGGGCAUUGGCUGGUGUGAGCGAGGGUCAAGAUGAGAAGCGAAACAGCGUGGAACUCCUGAACAAAAUCCUGGAGGUGCUGAGCCGUAGUGACGUGGGUGACACAUUUAAGCACAUUCAGGAGAUCGUGUCAUCUCUUCUGAGGACAAUAAACUGUACGGUCAUCACUAUGGGUCGAGAACACGCUCUCAUCUCUCGUGUGGUGGCGUGUAUGACGGCUAUUCUGAGUCAGAUGAGUGACAAACAUUACUCGCUGUACAUCGAGACCUUCAGUGGGACAUCUGAAUUAGUGGACUUCCUGAUGGAGACAUUUUUGUUGUUUAAGGAUCUGAUUGGUAAACACGUCUAUCCUUCAGACUGGGUAACAAUGAUCAUGGUGCAAAAUCGAGUGUUUCUCCAAGCGAUCAACACGUAUGCAGACACUAUGAAGCAAAAGUUCCUAGACAACAACAACUUUGAAGUUCAGUUAUGGAAUAAUUACUUUCACUUGGCCGUGGCUUUUAUUACCCAGGAGUCUUUGCAGCUGCAGCAUUUCUCAUCCACCAAAAGAAACAAAAUUCUAGCAAAAUAUGGUGAAAUGAGAAGGCAGAUUGGUUUUGCGAUCAGAGAUAUGUGGUACAAGCUUGGUGUGAACAAGAUCUGCUUCAUCCCCGGGAUGGUGGGUCCCAUUUUAGAGAUGACUUUGAUUCCAGAGGAGGAGCUACGUAGAGCCACCAUUCCCAUCUUCUUUGACAUGAUGCAGUGUGAAUACAACCACUCUGGACACUUCAAGAAGUUUGAGGAUGAGAUUAUUCUGAAGUUGGACCAUGAAGUGGAGGGGGGCGGUGGAGACGAGAGAUACAUGGAGCUGCUACAGAGCAUUCUUUUAGAGUGUGCUCAGGAACGCCCUCAACUGUUAACGGAGGUGCAACACUUUGUUACCUUGGUGACCGGCCUCCUUGAACGUCUCCUUGACUACCGCACUGUGAUGAGUGAUGACAGUCGAAACAAUCGCAUGAGCUGCACUGUCAAUCUGCUGAAUUUCUACAAGGACAUCACCCGUGAAGGGAUGUAUAUCAGGUAUCUCUACAAAUUACGGGAUCUUCAUUUGGAGGGAGAAAACUACACUGAGGCGGCAUACACACUACUGCUGCACUCCAAACUGCUUAAGUGGUCAGAGGAGCAGUCGGCUCCUCAGUUGGACUUUCAGACUCCUCAGUCUCAGCGGCAGCUGAAGGAGACGCUCUAUGACACCAUCAUUAGCUACUUUGAUAAGGGCAAGAUGUGGGAGGAGGCCAUCGCUCUGUGUAAGGAGUUAGCAGAUCAGUAUGAGUUGGAGGUGUUUGACUACGAGCUCCUCGGACAGAAGCUGAAUCAGCAAGCAAAGUUUUAUGAGAACAUCAUGAAAAUUCUUCGGCCCAAACCGGAUUAUUUCGCUGUGGGAUAUUACGGCUGCGGUUUCCCUCAGUUCCUCAGGAAUAAAGUGUUCAUUCACCGUGGUAAAGAGUAUGAACGCAGGGAAGAUUUCCAGAGUCAUCUGAUGAGUCAGUUUCCCAGCGCUGUGAGACUCAACAUUACGACAAUGCCUGGAGAUGACAUUAAAAACUCAAACAUGCAGUAUAUUCAGUGUUUCACAGUCCAGCCGGUUCUGGAGAUCCCACCUCGUCUGAAGAAUAAACCAGUCCCAGAUCAGAUCAUCAAUUUCUACAAGUCCAACUAUGUUCAGCGUUUCCAGUACUCCAGACCUGUUAGGAGAGGGAAAGUCGAUCCGGAAAAUGAAUUUGCUUCAAUGUGGAUCGAGCGAACCACUUUCAUAACCGCAUAUAAAUUGCCGGGGAUUCUGCGCUGGUUCGAGGCUUUAAGCAUGACUCACACCACAGUUAGUCCACUAGAGAACGCUAUUGAGACGAUGGGACAAACCAAUGAGAAAAUACUCACCAUGAUCAACCAGUACCAGUGUGAUGAGACAUUACCCAUAAACCCCCUCUCCAUGCUGCUCAAUGGCAUCGUGGAUCCUGCUGUCAUGGGCGGCUUUGCCAAAUAUGAGAAGGCGUUCUUCACAGAUGAAUAUACAAAAGAACAUCCAGACGACAGAGAGAAACUAAUGAGACUCCAAGAUCUCAUCGCAUGGCAGAUCCCGUUGUUGGGCAGAGGAAUCGCUUUUCAUGGAAAACGAGUGACGGAUGAUCUUCGACCUUUCCACGAGCGUAUGGAGGAGUGCUUUAAACAGCUGAAGAAGAAAGUGGAGAAGGAGUAUGGAGUGAGAGAACUGCCGGAUAUGGAUGAGAGGAGGUCCACUCGUCCAAGGUCGAUGCUUCGCUCUGUCCGACAAUCCAUCUGCUCAUUGGCUGGAUCUGAAUGUGGAACACCCACGAAAACACACCCAGAAAGUUUGUCUUUGGACAGUGGCGUUCCUCCCUCUCCCUCCAUCAUUCCUCGUUCCAGUGGAAGUAUCAGUGUGAUGGAUGAGAGCGGUGUUGAGGUGGAGGUGAAACUGAGAAAGUCCAAGAAGAAGAAGAAGGUAGGCCGUAGCAGUAUGAUCUUCAUCAGUGAGGAGAAAGAGAGAUGCAGCACCCUGGACAAACGGCUGUCAAAGAAACAGGAGUUUCGCAGCGACACCAACCUAUCAGAGCCCAGUGAUAGCGCCAGCAGUCUGGCCAACAUCAACUCAAGAUCUCUACCUACUAUUACAGGUUUGGCUCUGUCAGUAGCCAAUGGAAGUGAGGAGGUGGAGUCAGCCAGAUCCAAGCGUGACAGUAAAAGCGUAUCUGUCUGUUUGCCCUCUGACCGCACGGGUGACCGUCGCUCGAAAGGGGUCAUAAACCUGCUCUUUAAAACUAAGCAGAGCUCCAAAACCGAUGAAAGCAAAACUUCCUCUGAUCAAUCUGAUGGAAAAUCCACUCAUUUUUAAAUAUUAUUUUUCAUAACUCAUUUUAUACACACCCUGCUUUUGUAUUUUUGCUGUCAUUUUAGUUUUUAAUUGAGAUUUGAAUGUCUGCGUAUUAAACUGUUGAGUUUGAUUACA